CGGGUCCCUAAAUUUGCCAGCUGCCGAGGUGAGCCCCGCCCUGCACCCCAGGGCCCAUGGGGCGGCUCCGCCUUUGCUGGUCCCCCAGUCUGUGGGCCGGGCCAGAUCGUGUAUAAAGUAGCCGGGCGCUCCGCCGGCAGCACGAGUGACACCUCCCAGGUCGCAGCCAGAGGACCUACAGCCCCCCGCGCCUUCCCAGCUUGAGUCGGCCCGGCAACCAGCAGCCCGGCCAAUCUGCGCGCCGCCGGAGCCAUGGCGGUCAGAAAAGCACUGAUCAUACUGGCCCACUCCGAGAAGACGUCCUUCAAUUAUGCCAUGAAGGAGGCCGCCGUGGAGGCUUUGAAGAGGAGAGGAUGGGAGGUCGCCGUGUCGGACCUGUAUGCCAUGAACUUCAAUCCCGUCAUCUCCAGAAAGGACAUCACAGGUAAACUGAAGGAUCCCGGGAACUUUCAGUAUCCUGCCGAGACUGCUCUGGCUUAUAAAGAAGGCCGUCUGAGCCCAGAUAUUGUGGCCGAACAAAAGAAGGUGGAAGCCGCAGACCUUGUGAUUUUUCAGUUCCCACUGCAGUGGUUUGGAGUCCCUGCUAUUCUGAAAGGCUGGUUUGAACGUGUGCUCAUAGGGGAGUUUGCUUACACAUACGCUGCCAUGUAUGACAAGGGACCUUUCCGGAAUAAGAAAGCAGUGCUUUCCAUCACCACUGGCGGCAGUGGCUCCAUGUACUCUCUGCAGGGUAUCCACGGGGACAUGAAUAUCCUCCUCUGGCCAAUUCAGAGUGGCACUUUGCAUUUCUGUGGCUUCCAAGUCUUGGAACCUCAGCUGACGUACAGCAUUGGGCACACUCCAGAGGAUGCCCGAAUCCAGAUCCUGGAAGAGUGGAAGAAACGCCUGGAGAAUAUUUGGGAUGAGACGCCACUGUACUUUGCGCCAAGUAGCCUCUUUGACCUAAACUUCCAGGCAGGAUUCUUAAUGAAAAAGCAGGUGCAGGAUGAGCAAAAAAGUAACAAAUUUGGUCUUUCUGUGGGCCAUCACUUGGGCAAAUCCAUCCCGACGGACAACCAGGUUAAAGCUAGAAAAUAAGAUUCACAAGACUUUUAUUUCCUUCUAAAAUGUAUCGAAAUUUAGGUUUCUUUUUCUGCCUUCCUUGACUUGCUUUCGUUUUUAAGAUUUUUUUUUUUUUUUUUCUACGAGGAUUGGAUAGGAGAGAACAGACUGUAUUCACACAUUUUGGAUAGCUUCAUUAAACAUAACUGAUUCCUAUGAUUUCUACCAUGGCAAAAUCUGAUUAGGCUCAAGAGGCCUCUUAGGAUGUAAAGCCGGGAAAGGUGUAAAAAGAUGCCAGACAGUAUUUUUUUAAGGUCCUCUACACAAUUUAAUUCCUCCCUUUAGGGAUAUAUUUUUUGGAGUAAAUCUGGCUAGAGAGCACCCAACUCCUCAAUGGUCUUACUUUUCUUUGAAUUACAUCUCUGUGGUUUAUGGCAGAAGAGAAUUGCUUGGAGAAAGAAAAGACAGAAUCUGUCUGACCUAAGGGACUUGUUUAGAAGUUGCCACUCAGCUUGUUUGUGAGAUAUACUGCCUUUAAUUACUACCCAGUGACUAAUUACGCCUAAUAUGAGUGUCAUUCUUCCUUCAACUCUUGUCAUGAGUAUACACAGAUCCUUGAAGUAAAAAGCUAAUAAAAGUCUUUACCUCAAUCUUCAAA